AUGGCACCCACUACAAGGAAAGGAGCAUCUCUGCGGCAGCUGCAGAUGCAGUUGGAGGACAUAACGCUUUCCUUUGACGACAUUGCAUCUUUCAUCCAGAAAUUCGAUGACCAGACUACAGCUUCACAAGUUGAAGUUCGUUUGGAGAAAAUUGAUACGUUAUGGGAGAAAUUCAGUGGCGCUUCAGUGGAACCGAAAUCGCAUGAAGAUUUUGAAGACGAGGAGAAGUGUUUCGAGAAACUGCGGGAUAAGGUUAAGGAACUGCAUGAGCCGUCCGAUUUGGAACAAUCCGUUCGUGAACCGUCUAUGCUGGGUGUUCUCGAUCACGUUCGUUUACCGCAGAUCAAGCUGCAAACGUUCAGCGGGGAAAUCGAUGAAUGGUUGAGCUUCAGGGAUUUAUUCACCUCAUUGAUUUACUGGAGAACCGAUUUGCCAAAUGUGGAGAAAUUCCAUUACUUGAAAGGAUGUCUUCAAGGUGAACCGAAAAGUAUGGUCGAUUCGCUGAAGAUUACCAAAGUCAAUUAUCAGAUCUCUUGGGACACCUUGUGUAAGCGAUACAACAACAACAAGUUGCGGGAGAAGAAGCAAGUUCAAGCUUUGUUCAAGCUUCUGACCCUCUCCAUGGAAUCCAUAUCCGAGUUGCGAACUCUAGUAGAAGGUUUCGAUCGGAUCGUCCAAACGCACGAUCAAAUCGUGAAUCCGGCCGACUAUAAGAACUUGUUAGUAUAUUAUGCGCCUGGACCCAUACACCCGCCGCGCAUGGGAAGAAUGUGCGGCUACUAA